AUGGAGCUCAGUCAACUUCCUCUUGUGCUCUUGCUGAUUUCAAACAUUCACUCUGAAGACACUGAAGAAAACCCUAAAGCCAACUUGACUAUUACUCCUGAUCUGCAUGUGUUCAGAGGAGAGUCAGUCACUCUCAGAUGUGACAUUAAUGCUGAAGGAGUCUCUAGCUGGCAGUACAGCUGGUAUAAAGAAGGUUCAGAUUAUGCAUUCAGUGAAUUACAGGAAUACACAUUAAGGUCUGUUACUGAGAUUGACGCAGGUAAAUACUCCUGUUCUGGCACUGAGAGUAAAGGUUCACGCAGAUCACUAAUGAGUGAUGCAGUUCCACUGACAGUAUCAGAUUUCUCUAUUUCAGACAGAGCCCAGACAGCUUUAAGUGUUUCUCCACAGAACUGGUUGACUGAAGGAGAUUCAGUGACUCUGAUCUGUGAGGUUUACGGCUCCUCUACAGGCUGGACAUUCAGCUGGUACAUCAUAUCUCACUACAGUGAUCAUUAUUAUUUUUAUUAUGAACCGCUCUCUGACAGCAGUAGAGGAGCUGAAGGAAAAUACACUGUCAGUUCUGUUGCUCUAAAACACACAGGAGUUUAUGUGUGUGAAGCAGAGAGAGGAAAACCACCCUAUAAAACAGAAAUGAGCAACACACAGCCACUGUGGGUCACUGGAGUUUCUCCUCCAGUCUCUCUGGUCAUCAGUCCCAGCAGAGCUCAACACUUUACAUCUGACUCUCUUUCUCUGAGCUGUGAAGACAAGAGUAACUCUACUGGAUGGAGAGUCAGAAGAUACACAGACAAGGGAUGGAUGAGUGAUUGUUCAUCAGAAACAGGAUCUACAUGUACAAUCAGCCUCACCACAUCAGACACUGGAGUUUACUGGUGUCAGUCUGAGUCUGGAGAGAAUUAUAAUCCUGUUAAUAUCACUGUACACUCACUCUUUGGUGUGAUUCUGGAGAGUCCUGUUCAUCCUGUGACUGAAGGCGAUACUCUGACUCUACACUGUUUAUAUAAAUCUACAACUCCAGCAAAGCUCAGAGCUGAUUUCUAUAAAGAUGGAUCACUCGUCCAGAGUCAAACCUCAGAGAUGAUCAUCACUGCUGUCUCAAAGUCACAUGAGGGUUUCUACUACUGCAAACGCCCAGAAGGAGAGUCACCCAAGAGCUGGAUCUCAGUCAGAGCGUCUGGUUCAGAUUCUCAGAUCUCUGUCUUCAACAUACUCAGUUCUGGUCUGGCAUCUUUUCCAUAUCUGCUAGUGACAGUCGUGCUGAUUGUCAAAUGCUGUAGAAUGAGAGGAAACACGACUGAAUGA